AUGCUCCACGCUCGGCCGCCGUCGCCGUCCGAGCUCAGCGUGGCGCCACCGGCCUCCCGCCGCUUGCGUCCGCUGCCGCUGGUCGUCGAGCCGACCGCCUCCUCCUCAGCCGACCUCAGCACCGCGAUCGGCGCGAACGGAGCCGAGCUCAACCGCCUGCUGCGCGUGCACGGCGCUCUCCUCUUCCGUAACUGGCGGGUUCCUGACACCGCCUCUUUUGCGGCGGCUGCCGGCGCGAUGCGCACCAUGGGCCUCUCUUCGAUGGCGGACUACGCGCCCGCCGAGCCGGGCCGCGACGAGCGCGUGCACCUCGAGGGCGCGACGGUGUGGCACACCAACGAGCUCCGCCGGUCCGGCAACUACUGGGCUCCCGAAGUGGUCCCUCACACCGAGAACUUUUACGCGCUCGAGCGGCCGGCAUGCGUCGCCUUCUUCUGCGAGGGGCGGCCGCCCUGGCCGGCGACCGUGCGGCGCCACCACUCUCUGCGCCGGCUCCGGACGCGGCACGGCGAGGCGAUUGACGCGCGGCUGGGCGCGCUCGCUGCGCGCGACGGCGCGGCGGUGCAGCUGGACGGGCUGGACGGAGGCACAGUCUGCCUGACGCUACGGCGGACGGCGUGCGGCGGGGAGGGCGUCAGCUUCAACUUUGGCGAGCUGAGCGGCUGCGCCGCGGCGCGGCCCGCGACACUGCGACGCGCGGCGCGGCUCGCGGUGCUGUCCCCUACCCCACGGUACCCGAACCCAACCUCCCCUUCUCUGCAGGCGCGGCUCGCGAUGCUGCGAGGGCUGCUUGAGCGCGGAUUCUUCGCGGGGCGGCUGUGGUCGCUGCACCGCGCGCUCUGGGCGGCGGCGAUCCGGCAUCCUCGCUCGCUCCUCGCCCUCCUCGACGCCCUCCCUGGGUGGCUCACGAGGCCGAUCGCCAUGUGGAGGGCCGCGGCGGCGGCGCGCGAGGCCGCCGCCGCUGCUGCGCGAGACGGCGGCGGCGGCGGCGGCGGCGGCGGCGGCGGCGGCGGCGGCAGGCGCGCCCGGAGCCGGCGCCGGGGGAGGGUGUGCGAGAGGUUGGGCGAGAGGUUGUGCGACGAGGAGGCGGAGGCGGUGGCGGAGGCCCUCGCCGCGUCAUGCGCGGCCGUCGCGUGGCGGCGCGGCGACGUGCUGCUGCUCGACAAUGCGACGACUCUGCACGACGGGCUGCCGGGCUUUGGGCCGCGCACGCUGCGAGUCGCGUUGCUGAGGCGGGAGGCGGGGGGCGGAGGGGCGAUUGGGCAGUCACCAGUCAGGAGUCUCUCCGACGUCCGAGAGGGUGUCUCCAACGCCAUCGACAGCAAAUAUGACGGCCCCAUUUUGAACAACAUGACCGUCACGUACUACGUGGCUCAGUCCGGCGGCAGCAAGGCCAGGAGGCGCAUUCCGUGCAGCGGCGACCGGCCAAACAAGCUCGCUUGCGCCCUCGAGGCCAAGCGGCGCGUGCGCGUCGAGCUCGGUGAUGCCGUCGUCGACGCCGCCGAGCAGCGAAUGAAGGAGCGGCGCGCUGCCGAAGCCUCGUCAUCCACAGAGCUGCCGAAGAAUGCCUUUACGAUGCUCGGCGCGACGCAGCAGCUGCAGGCAGCGCUGCGCGCCGCCGAGAUUGCACGGCCGCGCGUCGACCACAAGUUUGACUCGCUCGACGGCUCCAAGUCGAGCUACUCUUACAUGAUGCUCGCCAAGGACCAGAUUGCGCGGCGCGGGCGAUCCUGCUACUGCGAGGGCUGCUUCCGUGCGCGCGGCCGCACGAACAUGACCUCCGCCGGCGACAAACUCAUCUGCGAGGCAUGCACCCACCGUGACAAACCCGUGUGGACGCAGCAGACGGUGAGGGAUCAGGGCGUCGGCGCGGCCGCGCGGCGCAAGGUGGCGCAGGAUGAGGGCAUCAAGUUUGCGAAGCAGCUGCUUGACGCGGACGGCAAGUCCACGGGCAACGGCUUCCUCGCUAUUCAGGCACGCGCACCCUUAGUGGCAGCGCGUGAGCGGUGGUCAAGGUCGGAGGAAGUUCACUACCGGCCGGGCCACUAUUGGCUGGCCCAGGCGCCAGACGUGCGCGAGGUCAAGAAGAUUGAGACACGCUGCACGAUUGAUGGCGUCAUGUUCAAUAUUGGCGACUACCUCGUGCGCAUCGGCCGCUACUUUGAUCGCGCUGCGAGCGACGCGAGCGGCCUCACCUUUGAGGAGUGGACACCACCCGACGGCCGGGACAGCUUCAUCAUCAACGCGACCGAGCUGCGUGGCGUCAACUUUACGAUGACCCCGACGGGUGAGCUCCCACCGCUGCAAUCAGAAUUGCGCCGCUCAAAGAGGGCACCAAAGGCUAAGGUGACGGCGCUACCAGGGGCGUUGCCACCGCCGCCGCCGCCACCCAAAGAGUACGCGAUGGAGCCCGCGAUAGACGAUGCUAUCCGAGCGCGCUGCUGGUGA